UAUUUUCUUAAUAUCUUAUUGCUUUACAAAGUUUUAACCAAAACACACAUAUUAUCAAAUAUGUCUCGGGAAAUAAAAAAUAAAGUGAUUCUUAUCACAGGCGGAGCCUCUGGUAUUGGGUACGGCGCAGCAGGCGCAUUUCUUCAUAACAAAGCUUUACUCGUCAUAAUUCUAGACAUUGACGAGGUACAGGGCAAUAAAGCUGUGCACGAAUUGAAAUCUAAAUACGGUCAAAAUAAGGCAGUGUUCUUUAAAUGUGAUGUAACGAAAGAUUUAGAAGUUGUCUGGGCCAAACUUAUUGCUACAUACAAUAUCGAUGUUCUUGUAAAUAGUGCUGGAAUAGUUGAUGAAAAAGUUCCUAAUCGACUAAUUGAUAUCAAUUUAACUGCGCUAAUACAGUUUUCUCUCAAAUUUAUGGACCAAUACCGAAGAGAUAAAUCAGGAGAUGGUGGAACGAUCAUCAACGUGUCAUCGAUAUACGGAACGUUCACAGACCCAUACUUUCCUGUAUAUCAAGCCACAAAGUUUGGAGUGUUGGCAUUUACGAAGUCAUUGGGAAACCAGGUUAAUUUUAAAAGAACUGGAGUGAGAGUAUUAGCUCUCUGUCCUGGUUUCACUAAAACUAAACUAGCAGAAGUUGUAAAAACAUGGGAUGAUAAUUUAAAUAUAGAAUGUGCUGAAUAUCUAAACAAAUUUACAUGGCAAACAGUAGACAAAGUAAGUGACGCAUUUAUCGAAAUAUUUGAAGAAGCAGAGAGUGGUUCUGGCUGGGUAAUUGAUGGUGGAAAGCCGAUACGGGAGGUGGACAAUUUUUAAUCUCAUAUAAAAGUAUAAAAUGUUGUAUGUCAGUGAUUCUUCAUAUGACAUAUAUUUUUUGUAUAAUCCUCUAACAUACGAUGACCAAAGUGGGUGGCCUAUUUUGGAUACUUACUAUUUUAAUAAUAUGUUUAAAGUUUGUGCGGAAAGAGAAUCGUCUUAUCUGUUAUAGGAAUUAAUAUAAUUCUUCCUUGCCAA